AUGAAAAAUCCCGAUGAAAAAUCAAACUUUGGUAAACUAAAAAAUUACAAUGCGAAAUCUCCUGUAUGGGGUUUCGCCAAAUUCUGCAAAAAAGAUAGAUUACCGAAAGACGGGGAAAUAACGAUUGGAGUAAGAUUUAACAAGGUUCAAUUUGAAUCCGAGCGUAUCCCAACACCACUUCCAUCACAACAGAUCCCUCAGGAUCUGGUUAAAGCGUGGAAGGCCGAACUAAAUCAACCCGAAAUAUCGGACGUACAAUUUAAUUUCACCAACUGCGAGAGAGCAAGUUGUCAAACACUAUACGCGAGAAGUUCGAUACUGUCCGAACGUUCCAUAUACUUUAAUUCAAUGCUCCAACAAGACAGGUGGUCGGAAUCAAUGAAGGACUCUAAAAAUAAAUCGGCAGGUGGACUUAUGGAAAAGUUUAAAACCGAAAUUUAUAGGAAAUUUAAGAGCAGAACUCCAGAGUCACAAGCUUAUUAUUGCAAUACCAUUCAACCGCAAAAAAUCUCAAAGUCGACAGAUUCUACCAAACUGAAACAUGACAACAGCACGAUUCCACCAUCAGCUUGUGAGAAAUUGUCAUUAUCAAAUACCAAAAAAAACAUCAACAAAGCUACACUAAACGACGAUUGUCUCGAAGUAUCAUCUGCAAGAAACCCCAGUAUACCCAAAAAAUACACGGUCACGAUUUCAGAUUUUCAUCCCGACACGUUCAAGUCGAUGUUACGAUUCUUAUACACCGACCAUAUAGAUUUCUACCCACUUUCUUCGCAUCGCAGACCACUUGACAUAUUCAAAAUAGCUGACAAGUAUUUAAUAACAGAGUUGAGAGAUAGAGCAAAGACAAAGAUAUUUAAGGAUUUAACGCCAAAGAGCGCUAUCGAAAUGUUAUUCGAUGAAAACAUAUGGCUGUGGGAUGAUCUAAAAGAGGAAUCCGAAGAUGAUGAAGAUAUAGCCAUAAGAAGGGAAUUAUUCCGAGAAUUACUUGAAAGAGUGCGAAAAGAUGUUUGUGCAGUACAAUGA